AUGUUCUUUGAAGCUUCAGGGUUGAAAGCCAACUUAAACAAAAGUCAAGUAUACUUUGGUGGUGUGGAUAAUGAUACAAAGGAAGCAAUUAUAUCCCUGCUUGGGUAUGAGAUUGGUGAGCUACCUUUCAAAUAUUUAGCGGUGCCAUUAUCUAACAAAAAACUCACUAUAGCCCAAUGUCAACCUUUGGUGGAUAAGAUAACAGCUAGAAUCACUUCAUGGAUGGCUAGAGGAAUGUCGUAUGCAGGUCGAGUUCAGAUGAUUAGAUCAGUACUGUUUGGUAUUCAGGCAUACUGGUCCCAGGUCUUUCUCUUGCCCCAAAAAGUGAUCAAACUCAUUGAAGCAACAUGCAGAAGCUACCUAUGGACAGGAGAGGCAACCAUAUCAAGGAGGGCACUUGUAGCUUGGGAAAAACAAUAUGCAAACUAUUAUGGGCUCUCAGUCAACGAAAGGAAGAGUUAUGGGUCACCUGGGUGCACACAUACUACAUCAAGAACCAAAGACUGGCUAACCAUGGAGCCUCCUAGGGAGGCAUCAUGGAUGAUCCGGAAGAUCUUUCACAUGAGGAAAUUUUGGCCAAUGCUUGCAAGUCAACAACAACUACUGGACAGAGGUAAAUUUCAGAUCAAGUGUGCUUACAAAAUGCUAAGAGGGGCUGUCACACUUGUUCCAUGGAGAGGACUAGUGUGCCAUAAUGUGGCCUGUCCAAAACAUGUGUUCAUACUAUGGCUGGCACUCCUUGGUAGAAUGAGAACAAAAGAUUUGCUGUUAAAAUGGGGUAUGGGAAUUAAUGGCACUUGUGUAUUGUGCAACAACCAGCCUGAGACCAUUGAACAUCUUUAUUUUGAGUGCACAUAUUCUCAUGAAAUAUGGCUGAGGGUAUUGCAAUGA